UCUUAGACGGUAAGUAAUGCAGCAUUAAUAGUGAUGAUACAGGGUUGGUUUGAUAGUCAACUAACUUGUCUGAAGUGAACAGCAGUGUCGCCUAUUUAGUGCACAUUAAUUGCUAGAACUGGACGAAGCUGAAAGUAAAUUUCCAGACAUGAAUUAUGAAGGACUGCUCCGAGAUUCAGUGAAGGCGUAAGUCCAACUACUCAGCUGAGCCGAGAUAAAUCGGAAUGUCGUGCGUAUUCUAUUAUGAAGAACUGCUCCAUGAUUCGGUGAAGGCGUCAGUCCAACUACUCAGCCGAACUGGAUCUCAGUCGAGAAUAGACAGGCAUAGCCUACACUCAUGAGACGAUGAUACAGGCGUAAAAUUUUGUAAAGGCAAUCCUUAAAUCUCGAGUUGAGCUGUAGAAAUGGGAGAAAUAGCUGUUUUGACAAGACAUCUGUAUAAGAGUUAUGGCAAGGGCAAAGACAAGGUGAAAGUCCUACAGGAUCUUGACAUGACUGUGGCAAGAGGAACAAUAUAUGGACUGCUAGGACCAAGUGGUUGUGGCAAAACAACUCUGUUAAGAUGCAUUGUGGGAAGACUACAAGUGGAUUCUGGGAAUGUGAUUGUCCUUGGCAACAGACCAGGAGCCCGAGGACACGGGGUUCCAGGACAUUUAGUUGGAUAUAUGCCUCAAGAAAUAGCAUUAUUUAACAAAAUGUCUAUUGAGGAAACUCUGUCUUACUUUGGAAGAAUUCACAGAAUGUCCAGAGGUGAAAGAAGGAGUAGAACAGAAUUCCUUCUGCAGUUUUUGACUCUUCCUGAGUCCAGCAGGCUCAUUGAAAACUUAAGUGGUGGACAGAGAAGAAGAGUUUCCCUAGCUGUGGCUUUAUUGCAGGAACCAGAGCUUCUGAUUCUUGAUGAACCGACAGUCGGGGUAGAUCCCAUACUUAGAGAGAGAAUUUGGGAACACCUACUGAGCAUCACAAGAAAACUGAACUCAAAAACAGCCAUCAUUAUUACCACACACUACAUUGAGGAGGCCAGACAAGCUGACAAGGUUGGCUUGAUGAGAAAUGGAAGACUUCUUGCUGAAGACUCACCUACAGCAUUAAUGAACCUUUACAAAGAGGAUUGUUUGGAAACAAUAUUCCUGAAACUAUGUCAUGCAGAUCAAAACACUCUGAACAUGAAUCUUGCAGGAGAGAGUCACCAGCCAAGCAAACCUAGUAUGAAGAUGGUGAACUCUGAACAUGAGCCAGCAGGGGAGACGACUCCAUUACUGCUGCACGACAUGCAGAAUUUUGAUGCACAAAUAGAAGUCCCUGGGAACUACCUCUGCCCAAUUGGAUUACCAUCUCCCAGAAAUAUUUUUGCUCAAUUUCUGAAGAAUAUCAUAUUUAUGAAAAGAAACAUUGGUUUUCUUUUGUUUCAGUUUAUUUUGCCAUCAAUACAGAUCAUCCUGUUUUGUCUGUGUAUUGGGAGCUCACCAUACGGAUUAAAAAUGGCCAUCGUCAACAACGAAACAGAGGGAUUGGGACAGCUAUUUAUCAGGGAACUGGAUAAUGAAACGAUUAGUAAGGUAAUAUAUAAAGACAUGAAUGUAGCGCUAGAUUCCGUGAGACUUGGGGAUACAUGGGGAGUCAUUGGAAUAGGGAGGAAUUUCACUCAGGACCUCCUCACAAGAUUUACCAACGUAUCAGGGGUUGACAACCGUACUAUUGAAGGGAGCUGUAUACAACUAUAUUUAGACACAACAAACCAACAGAUUACAUUACAGUUACAGGAGUCCAUUGCCUCUUCAUUCCAAGCAUUUUCUGAGAUAUUACUGCAAACUUUUCAGCUUAAUCCAAAUUUAGGACAGCUUCCCAUAAAGAUGAAUGAUCCUAUCUAUGGUAGCAAAGACCCCAACUUCAGGAACUUUAUAGCACCUGGAAUAAUACUCAGCAUUACUUUUUUUAUGGCCACUGGUCUGACAACGCUGGCUUUUGUGAUAGAAAAGAAGGAGGGACUGUUAGAUCGGAGUUUGACAGCUGGAAUGUCUGCCUUCGAAAUCCUCUUGGCCCACGUCUUUACACAGCUGUUUGUGCUGACAGUCCAAGUUGCUCUAGUGAUGGUGUUUGCUUUAGCAGUUUUCGAGGUUCCAUACAAAGGCCCCCUGAUAUGGGUCAUUUUACUGGUCAUGGGGCAAGGAUUCUGUGGAAUGACCCUAGGUGUGAUAUUUUCAGCUGUUUGUGAGAACGAGUCCUCUGCUAUACAACUAGCCCUUGGUUCUGUGUAUCCAAUGUUACUACUAAGUGGUAUAAUAUGGCCCAUCGAGGCUAUUCCAGAAUGGUUGCGGUACAUCAGUAUAUGUCUGCCUCAAACCUAUGCAGCAGAAGCAAUGAGGUGUAUUCUUAGUAGAGGUUGGACACUGGUAGACAUGCCAGUCUGGAGGGGGUACCUAGUCAACACUGCCUGGAGCUUCGGUCUGCUGGCGCUGGCAGGAAUCAUUCUCAAAAUCAAAAGUUAGGACAAUCAUGCAUCAUUGACAAUCAGAACAGUGUUGUGUACCGUGUCAAGCAUUUCCAGUUGGAUAGGGACAUUUCUGUUGUUGUUUUGUGAUCUGUAGAUUCAUAUUGUGUUUUACUAUAUUCAUCAAUGUAGUUCUUGAUGAAGUCUUUCAAAGUCUUAGUUAACUGUCGGGUUAUUUCUCUUUUAUUGUGAAAUUUUCAACUAAGUUAUAUUUAAACAUUUAUCUUAAUCUAUUAGUGGUUUGUAUUGUGUUUGUUUUUCAUCAUGCUAAAUUCUCCUUAUGCUAGUAUCAAAUCCGACAUUUAUGUGUAUAUUUUUCUCACCUCCCUUUUACAUGCCAGUCAUCAGACAGGUUGUAUUAUGGUAUAGUCAUCUGUCAGCACCUAAUUAGUCAGAUAAAAACAGUGUUCCCAAUAUUUAGAAGAAAAAGCAUAUAUUUUUUUCAAGUGAAAGUCUUGUUCAAACUUACAUUUCAUACACUGUAGGCACAAAACAAGAUACAAAGAGUACUUAUGAAGCUAGGAUAAUCAAAUGUUGAUACACAUACUUAUAACCAUCAUAGACGGAUUGUAUUAUGCUAUACAUACAAUGUUUCUAUGUGUCUGUCGCUUGUCAGUCUGUUCAUCCAUCAACAUACCUGGUACACAUGCUCCCCAUGUCGAGAGGAAGGUGUCUCUUAUUUCUCAAGGUCACAGUGGUACUUUCAUAGGUAGUCAUGGAGACAAAACAUACUAACAAGGCUAGGAUCAUCAGACAUGAUGGACAUUUUUUGUCCAAGAUUUUCAUCCUUUCUUUGAUUACCACUGCAUUACUGAAUAUAUCUGGAUGAUCGUAGUAUUUGCUAGGAUUUUGCUUUUUUAUGCCCCCCUUCAAAGAAGAGGGACAUAUUGCUUUGCACUUGUCAGUCGGUAGACCAUAUGUUGUUUACCCAAUAUCUUGAGAACCAUUCACUUGAUUGUAAUGAUAUUUCAUAUGUGGGUUGGUUAUGAGUAGAAGAGGACCCCUAUGGUUUUUCAGGUCAAAAGGUCGAGAGUCAAUCCACUCUAGACAUAGGAAGAUACUGUCUGCUCAAUAUCUUGAGAACCCUUUGCUUGAAAGACAUUAAUCUUGGUACACUGAUACAUUUUGAGGAGUAGAUGACUCCUAUUGAUGUGGAGGUCAAAUGGUUAAAGGUCAAGGGUCAAACUGGAUAUAGGAAUAUACUGUCCGCUCAAUCUUUGAGAACCCUUUGCAUGACUGACAUUUAACUUGGUACACUGGUACAUCUUCAGGAGAAGAUGACCCCUUUUGAUUUUGAGGUCACAUGGUCAAAGGUCAAGAGUCAAACUGGACAUAGGAAGAUACUGUCUGCUCAAUAUCUUGAGAACCCUUUGCUUGACAGACAUCAAACAUGGUAGACUGAUACUUCAUAACACGUAGAUGCCCAAUCUAAUUAAAAUCAGACCUUCUCUAACCGUUACACGGUCACAGUGGUACUUUCAUGGGUAGUCAUGGAGACAAAACAUACUAACAAGGCUACACGGUUAGAGAAGGUCUGAUUUUAAUUAGAUUGCAUAGAUGCCCCUUAUAAAAUUUGAGUUCAUAUGGUCAAAGGUCAAGGGUUAAACUGGACAUAGUAAUAUAUUGUCUCCUAUAUUUUAAGAAUUAUUUGCUUGAUUGAAAUCAAACUUGGUACACUGGUACAGCAUAAGGACUAGAUGACCCAUAUUGAUUUAUAGGUCACAUUGUCAUUCUACUCUGGACUUAGGAAGAUAUUGUCUGCUCAAUAUUUUGAAUUGCACAAUAUUUUGAAUUGAUGAUACUAAUAUCAAUUAAAAGAUGUAUGUGUAUAACCCUUUUCAAUUUUGCACCAUAGGGGGCAUAUGUUUUACAAACAUCUCUUGUUUUUUUGUUUUUCUUUUUUGUGACAUUUUUAUCCCACACUUAGUCACUAAGGAGUGGAUGUGUAAGGACAUUCCUCAGUAUUGUUUCUUUUUAUGGUAAUUUGGUGUUAGAUAUAGUCAGGACUUGUAGAAUAUAUGCUACUCAAGUUUAUAACUGCUCAUGACACUGCCAGUGUCCAGUCAUGUAUAUUUUUGAUUUUUGGCUUAGUUACAUUCUGCAGGAUUUUAAAGAAUUGUUCUAUUUAUUUCUGUGAUUCAAACUCAGAGCUUUAGAUAGAAUUGACUUGUGUGGUGAAAUCACAGGUAGGACAUGGUUAUAGAUAUGACCCCCAUCCCACUUCCUCGUCCCUCUUAAGUUGUUAAAUAUAUUAUCUAUUUUUAUGUUGAUCUGUGAUAGCCUGAGAGUGUAUUAAGUAAUAUCUGGUACAUGUGUUUCAUUGUACUCAUUGCUUUAUUUCUUCAUGCAGGGUAACAUGUAACAUGUACAUUAAAUGCAAUGCUAUGUUUUGUGCAAUCUGUUCAUAUAUUUGAAUGAGUACUUCAUUUAUGUGGUGUAAUCCAAAAUUUUGUCAAAACUGAGAAAUUUCUGUACCAAUUUUGUCCACUUUAGACAAGGUAUCUGUUAUGGUAAGAAAAAUCAGAACAUUGGUUUUUCUUCAGCAAAGGAUCUUGGAACAACAUGUGUGUUAGGAGAUGUGAGAUCUUGGAACAACAUGUGUGUUAGGAGAUGUGAGAUCUUGGAACAACAUGUGUGUUAGGAGAUGUGAGAUCUUGGAACAACAUGUGUGUUAGGAGAUGUGAGAUCUUGGAACAACAUGUGUAUUAGGUGAUGUGAGAAUUGUGAAUUGUAAAUCCCUCCAAGUUGCAGGAAAGUCUAAUAUUAUUGAAGAGAUUAAUGUCUAUUUUUAAUAUUUAUUUUUUAUUCUUUAAAGAUUUGCAUAGGUGUGAUGUUUUUAAAAUAUGUACAUUGUAUUUAUAGGUUAUAGACUUUGUAUGGGAAAAUAUGACGACUGAGUUUUUCGUCCGCGACAAAAAACGAGGUCGUCAUAUUUCCCAUACAAAGUCUAUAACCUUUUUAUUAUAUACUUUCAAUUUCAUUUAGAAACUAACAAUAAUUUUAUUUUUAACAAUAACUUUAUCGGUUUAACUGAGUAAAAGAUGAAAAACACGAAAAAUUUCAAAAUUAACAGCGUAGAAAUUUGAUUGUGACGUAAUGUUUGUGGGCCGGAAUGUUUCCGGGCAUAUAUCAUGUGAUAUAUGCCCGCAAACUUUUAAAGAAAAAAGAAGAGAUGAAAUUGAAAGUAUAUAAUAAGUAUGCUUAUUACAUGUGGAUGUUAAAUGUGAUAAUUAAAAGUUGAAAACUAA